CUCUAGGGCUGGUGUGCAAGUAGCUUUUUAAGAAACAAAUAUCAGCGCCAUGAUGGAGUCGUGCUUCAACGAUAAGGUGGCGAAGGCUGAAAGCAUCGUUGUCGAGGACCUGAGAAGAGACCUGCACUCGGAUUUGACGGAAAUUGCCGACUCUCAUGACUCUGACAUCUUCGAGAAGGAGCUUUUGCAGGUGUACCUCCGGAUACGACCGUUCACCUCGGCUGAAAUGGAGAAUGGAGAAUCACAGGACUGUGUCAACAUACAUCCUCCUGACACUGUGCUUCUCAAGGUGCCGAGAGCGUAUGUCUCGGCCAGGCUCAGUGAUAAGUCCGUCCCCCAAACAGCACAGCGCUUUCAGUUUUCUCAGGUUUUUGGACCUGACACCUCCCAGAAAGACAUUUUUGAUGGCACAGUGAAAGGUCUUGUUAGGAAUGUGCUAGAAGGAAGAAAUUCAUUGGUCUUCACAUAUGGAAUAACAAAUUCGGGAAAGACCUUCACUUUUUUAGGGCCAGAAAAUGACGUUGGUAUCUUGCCCCGUUCCCUGAACAUGAUCUUCAACUGCCUCAGGGGGCGUGUGUUCACCCACAUGAGCGUGAAGCCACAGAGGUGCCAGGACGUGCUCGUGCUCACCAGAGAGCAGCAGGUGGAGGAGGCCCUCGGCAAACGCAACCUCUUCAGACUCCUCAAGGAGAAUGAUGGCCAAAAAAGUAUGACUAGUCUAUUGAGUUCCAAGACUCUUGAAGAUCCGGAUGAAUUGGACGGGUCGGAGAGUGAGAGGAGCCUCAGCUUGAGCACAGACCUUCACACUAAGUUCUCGGUGUGGGUGUCCUUCUGUGAGAUUUAUAACGAGUACAUCCACGACUUGCUCGAGCAGCUGCCCGGUAACGCAGCACGCAGGACCAACCUCCGACUCUGUCAGGAUAUCAAAGGCAACUCCUUCAUUAAAGACCUGCGCUGGGUGCAGGUGCAUAGUGCAGAUGAGGCAUUCAAAGUGAUGAAACUUGGAAAGAGGAACCAGAGCAUCUCCUCCACCAAGCUCAACCAGCUCUCUAGUCGGAGUCACAGUAUCUUUUCUGUUCGUAUACUGCGAAUUGAAGAUGUGGACACACCCAGAGUGCAGUGUGUUAGCGAGUUGUCUUUAUGCGAUCUGGCAGGGUCUGAGCGAUGUGGUAAAACGCAGAACAAAGGAGAUCGCCUGAAAGAAGCAGGAAACAUCAACACGUCUCUACUCACCCUGGGCAAAUGCAUUAACGCUCUCAGGAGCAGCCAACAUGCCAGACACCACAUCCCAUUUCGAGAGAGCAAGCUCACCCACUACCUGCAGGGCUACUUCACCGGCCGGGGCAAAGCCUGCAUGAUCGUCAACGUCAACCAGUGUACGUCUAUGUAUGAUGAGACGCUCAACGUGCUCAAGUUCUCUGCUGUGGCACAAAAGGUGGUACUCCUCACCACUGCUACCGUCCUCCCACUUGUGGUGAAGAGGAGUGCAAGGGAGGUGUCCUUCAUCAUCAACAAGGCAUCUCAGCGGGGAGCAAGGCGAACCUCUCUGCUGCGCUGGGAACAUGGCCAGGAGCAUGUUGAGGAGGAUGUGGAUUCUGAGGUAGAGGAUGAGGAUGACGAAGAGCAGAGCUUCUUGGAGGAAACCCUGCAGGACGUGGAUGAUGCUGGGAAGGAGACAGUGCUGCUGGACAAAGAGGUGUAUGAGAGUCAGCUGAUGCUGAUGGAGGAGUUACAAGAACAGUUGAAGACCGCAAAAGAGGAAAACUAUUCCCUGGAGUGCCGAGUCCGUGAGGAAGUCUCCAAAGAAUUCUCUGAGCUCUUCUCCCGAAUGCAGACAGAUUACAAUGAGCGCAUUUUGAAAGAGCGGGAGCUCGUCGAGGACCGGUGUGAGCGACGGUUGGAGAUCUUUAAAAAUUUGGUGGGAAAAACCUCGAGCAACAUUGACUGCGGACAAAAAGACAAACAACAGGCCGCUGAGCCGCCGUCUCUGGACGGCAUGUUGGACUCCAUGUGCUCUGACCUGGCAAGGAUCAGACAGGAUGCUGAGGAGGCUCAGACCUGUCUGGUGACCUCGGACCCCCGACCACCUGUGACCCUGCGUGACCUGGAGAAGGAGGUCGCAGAACUUGCAGAGCAGCUCAGUGACGCUCGGACACAGCUGUCCCUUAAAACUGAAGAAUUACACACUCAGAGAAUCUUAGCAAGUGAGCUGGAGGAGAUUAAAAAGACCCUGGAGUGGCGUGAGCAGAGGGUGAAUGAGCUGAUGGCCAUGUGUGUGGAGAAGGAUGACAUCAUCGCUAAGGUCCAAGCGUCACUAGACCGGGCUGAAGAGGACGCAGACAGAAACAGUGCUCUGAUCAAGGACCUUCUGCAGUUUAAACAUAACUGCACAUGUUCAGAGCGCAAAAUGCAGAUGGAGAGCAGGAAACGGCCACAGGCAUGGGAGGGGCUGGAGGAGCCUUCCGGACAGCCCCCUCUAAAGAAAGGGUCCCUGAAGGACUCUAGUAUCCCUGAAGACCUUGUGGAUGAUGAAUUUGAUGAGUCACCAGUCUUGGAGGUCAGAGGUCAGUUUGGGUGUUACCAGGCUGAACCCCGUCAGAAAGACAAACAGAUCUCGGAUCUGGCGCGGCAAUGUCAGACUCUAGAGUUUUGCAUCCAGGAGCUGAGAUCCCAACUUGAAGAAGAAAAGCGAUCUCAUGGUGACAUUCUACGUGAGAAAGAGUGUCUAGCUGCUGAGCAUACUGUCCUCCAGAGGAGCACAGAGCAACAGCAGCAGAACUUUGUUGCCAUGGUAGCAAAACUGAAUGCCACGGAGACCAAACUCAGCGCUGCAGAAUCAGACCGCAGCAAAUUGAAGACACGUUUGGAGGAGGAGCUAAAUGCCGUCAGAUGUCAAUUGGCUGAGCAAGAUUGUGACAUCAAGGAGAAAAAUACACUAAUUGGGAAUCUACAGCAGGAAGUUGCCCAACUGCAGCAUGAAGCCAGAGCUAUAGAGACAAAGCACCAAGCGAUAAACGGUGGUCUCCAGAGAGAAAACUCUGACCUCCAGGCUGAGGUUGCCACUCUGAAAAGGUUCAUCACCGAAUUGGAGGAGAAGAUCAGCCGUGGCCAAGUGGAGCAAGAGAAAAACAUCGGGAUGGAAGUGACGGAGGCAGCAGAGAAAGAUGCGGCACUUCUAGCUAAAACGGAGGCGCUGAAGCAGAGAGAGGCAGAGCUGAAGGGUCAAGAACACCCUCUGAAGGAACUGGCCAGUAGGAUGGCUGAUCUGGCCCAGAAGGAGGCAGCUGUCGCAGAAAAGGAGCUAAAGCUCCACGCAUUGCAAAAGAGCCUGCAGGAAACGCAGGAGUGCCUGCGAGAGGAGGAGACGCAGAGCAUGCAGGAGGUGCGCAGGAAGGAGGUAGAGAGGAGGAGAGAGUUGCUCUCUGUAGCUGAGGAGGCCAUUGCCCAGAAAGAUGGAGAACUCCAAAAGAGGCAGGAUGAGAUCAACAAGCUGAAAGAAGAGGUGAAGAGGCUCACUGUGGACUUCAACAGGAGAGAGGACGACAUGGCCGAUCUGAGAGAGAAGCUAUCGGACUCUAAGAAACAGAUCCAACAGGUGCAAAAGGAGAUCUCCUCCAUGCGUGAGGCAGAAAGAUUUCUGAAGCAGAAAUUGGGUGAUCUGGAGAAGGCCAAGAGUCAACUGCAGAACGAACUCUCCAGCCGUGAUCGCACCAUCCAGCAGCUUAGAACUCACCGUUCUGAUUCCAAGACAGACGAGCAUGUCCAGCUCUAUGAGAAAGCUCUUAAAGAUCUGCAGGCACGUGAUCGUGUGAUAGAGGACAUGCGCUUGGCUCUGACGGAACAGGAAGACACUCAGACUCAGAUGGAUCUGGAGCUGGACAACAGAGAGACCCAGAUUCAUGUGCUCACCAUGGAGCUGGAGAACCUGAAAAAGAGGGCUGAGACACACAGGACCAGUAGGAAGUCCUUACCUCACUGUGACCCAGAUGGUCAUGUCGAUGGUGAUCUCGCAGGGGCUGCCCAGUCACAGCUGUGCUUAAAGAUGGCCAAUGAGAAGCAUCAGGCUGAGCGGCAGAAGUGGUUGGAGGAGAAGAUGGCGCUGAUCGCUCAGGCAAAGGAAGCAGAGGAGAGGCGGAACCAGGACAUGAGACGAUUUGCCGACGACAGAGAGCGCCACGCCCGCCAGCAGGCUGAGAUGGACACACUGGCUGCACAGCUCGCUGAGCGAGAGCAGGAGAUGGACCAAUGGAGGAGAGAGAGAGAUGCCCUCGUUUCUGCUCUAGAAGUCCAGCUGCAGAAACUAAUUUCCUCCAUUGCAGAAAAAGACAAACAGAUCCAGCAACUACAGUGUUGUACCACCUCCCAGCCACCAGAGGGAGCUGAUGGUGACAUGACUGCAGAGCUGCAGUUUAAGAUCCACAGCCUGGAAAUGCAGCUCAGCAACCUGGAACAGCCACCAAGCACCAGGGAACACAGAGACUCCUCCACACAGACUGCGGCACUGGAAGACUUUGGCAAUCCUGGCGACAGCAACACUCUGAAAAACGCAAACCACACAAGAGCCUCUGUCACCAGCCAGGGCUCAUGCGGCAGCUGUCCAUCCGUGCUGGACUCGUCUGAGAUCUCCACGGAGGCGGGGCGGCGUUCUCGCUUCCCACGGCCCGAGUUGGAGAUCUCGUUCAGCCCGCUGCAACCCGACCGAUUCGCACUCAAGCGGCAGGGUGACGAGGCCGCCAUCACGGUGAAGGUCAGCCGCGCCGGCCGCAAGAGGAAGAGUGGUGAGAUGGAGAAGGAUGGUGUUGAGAGCGAGAACAGGAGAAACCUGAGAUGCAGGAACACAGCCACGCUACCUGUACAUCAGGAGGAGCCAUCCCCUGAACUAAUUGCAAAAGGUUCCCAUGACUCCCAGUCCAGUCUGCGGGGGAGAAGGGAGAAGGAGGGGACGUUACAGAAGAUCGGAGACUUCCUGCACAGCUCUCCCACCUUCCUGGGCAGUAAAGCGAAGAAGAUUAUGGGCUUGAUGAGUGGGAAGAGCCCAGAUGCAGGUGGGACCUCUAAGAAUCUUAAACGCUCCAAAAGAAAACUCUACCGCCCCAAUAUCUCUUCUCCUAUGGACAUCCCAGCUCACCAGAUUAUUGGUAGAAAUCCAGAGGAGAAGGACAGCGAUCAUGUCAUCAUGAAGAGACGACUGCGCGCCAGAACUCCAAAGUAACUGGAACUGCUCAGAACUAGUAGCCACUACAGAAUGGCCAUGAUAUGGUGCAAGACUCUUUAUAUAUAUAUAUAUACACACAUUUUAGUAUUAGUAUAUUUUUAUUUUAUUAUUAUAGUAAGUCUUUCUCUAAAAUUAAGUACAUUUUUCUUAGUCACUUGCACUUUUUAUAUUUUUGCUAAACACAAUUUAUCGUUUUAGCUUUAUAUUUUCAAUUUACACUGGUUAACUAUGUCACAGUAAUAGUUAUCCAUUUGUUCCAUUUUCCUGGUUUAGAUCAUAUACAAGACACUACUUUUAAAGGAUAAACUGAAUUUUGAAGGGUAAUGAAGUGGGCUUUUUUUGCUGCUAAGUACAGCAUAAUGGGCUAAAUCUUUGUGGAAAGGCAUGAUAUGUUUCUGCCCCAUGAUGAACUGUCUGGCUCAAACUGUUAAUGUAGCCUACUGUGUACACAUUGUU